AUGCCGGAUGUGCACCAAGGUUCUGCCAACGUGGAGGUAGUCCCGCUGGUGAACUUCUUCUCCAACUGCAAGCUGUCAGAGACGGAGUGCCAGUUUGGCAAGGAGUCCGCCUGCCACUCGGCUGCGAAGCAGCGCUUCCUGGGCCAGACGGCAGACGGAGCGCCGGCCCCAGGUCAUCAAUACCUCGCGGACCGGGUGGAGAGUGAUGCAGACGACCCCGAGCUAGGGGCGGCCGCCGUGGAGAAGGACGACGCCGUAGGAGGCGGCGGUGAGGGAGCAGGCGGCUCCACAGGAGGCGGCCUCGGGGACUGGCCGGAUGAUGACGAGGGAGACGACGACCCUCGCCACGCUCCCGGCGCCGACCGACCAGGCGCUAGUUCCUCGGCCGCGCCGACUGCAGUAGGCGGCGCGCCGAAGCGUCGGGCCGACGCCGGGCUGUUUGGCAGCCGGUCUAAGAAUACCAAGACCUCGGCCGCCGCGACCAAUCGGCACGAGGCCUCCGCGAAGGCUGCCCUCUUCCAGAAGGCCCCGAAGCGGCUCCCACUAGUGUCCGCCGCCCCACUUUCCUUGCCGCGGGCCUCGUCCGGCUCGGUGAUUGGGGCGGCAAAUGGCUCCGCGGGCCCCCGCCGCGUGGAUCCACUCGCCGACCUCCAGGAGGCGAUGGAGAAGAACGCGCGGGAGGCGCGAGAAGAGCGGGAGGCCGCGGCACGGGAGAAGGCGGAGGCGGCCAAGGCGGCACAAGCGGAGGCCGAUGCCGCGACCAAGGCCCAAGCUGACGCGGCGGCCAGGGAGCAGGCGGACGCGGCCGCCAAGGCGCACGCGGAGGAGGCGUCCCGCAGCCGGGCUCCGGAGUCCACCGGCCCGCAGCACGCGUAUCCGCCGGUGCCGGAGGGCCAGGCGCCGAUAGGAGAGGCCGCCGCUGAUCUGCCGGCCUUGGAGAAGGGAGGGGCGACCCCGUUGUCUUGGGGGCGGAGGUGCCCCCGCACACGCCGACUGCCAUAG